ACGCUAAGUUGACGUAUUCACAGUUGUCUUUAAAAAAACUUUAAAAUUAAAAAAUAUAAAUUAUGCUCAAUGUAACCCUUUACCAGCAAUCCUUUACCUUGAAGGAUGGCUCAAUGCAUCUUUACUGCCCAGUGAUAGCAUACACCCAUCUCAAAUUGCUUUGCGAUGAAGUCUAUAGGGCUGACCUCUAUAUGAAAUACAAGGACGGGCUAACUUCCGUAAGAUCUUCUACUACGACCAGGAUAAUCCUCUUUGUGAGCUUCAACGACCAUCCAGUGCAAAGGUGUAACAGCACGAUCCAGCUGGACGAUGAACUCGACUUCUUUUGUGGUGUCAGUAAAUCGCCUUUGGUAGUGUUUGGCAUCCAGUUUUUCUGCCACAAGAACCUAAUGAGCUACGUGGAUGCUUACGAGUGCACCAAUUCAGGAGCUCUGCGCUUCUUCAAUUUGGAGUGGAAGGGAGAGGAUACAAUCCAUUAUGCUGCCAAAUUGAAGUACAAAAACGGUUUUGCUACGGGAAUACCUGGUUUUGAAACCGGGCUGGCCUGCCUGGUAUGCGUCUUGCUUCAAAGAUUAGAACGGCUGUCAUCCAAUAAUUUCGAAAUUCAAGUAAACUAUCAGUUGAAGCAAAAUGCGGUUGUGCUCCAUGUUCGUACUCCUCUACAUAGUUCCUAGGCUGGAGAAUGCCAAGAAUGGAUGCAACUCUACACAAGUGUUGGGAAUGAAAGGAUCCUCAGCUCCACUAGCCACGCAAUCAUCUAUCUCCCAAGGACGACAGAAUAAAGAGCUGUUUCGCACACUGUUCAAAAUUUGUCCCAAGUGAAUUUGUGCCCAUAUCUGUUCAUACAAUUUGGGAAAUAUAAUAAAUAUUCCAUUUGCGAC